AUGCCCCCAAAGAGAAAAUCCACCGAUGCGACGGCCGAUGUCGCAUCCAAAAAGACCAAAGCCAGCACUGACAAUGCCUCCGAGGCUGCCCAAGUUCCUCGCAGCAAGCGCUGGUCAAAGGGGAUUUCUGGCUCUGCAAACGCUGACACGGAAUUUCGCACCAUAAUCGCGCGCAAUCCCGACUCUCUUUGGAAGUUUGUCUGUCAGUGCCGACCAAUUGUCGGAUCGGGUGACGACGACGUGGAUGAAGAUGAGGACGACGAAGAUGAAGGUGAGGGCGAUGGUGAGCCCAAGAAAACAGAUGGUCUUUCUCCAUGCGACUUCGGAAAGACCUGUCUUUGCCAAAAGCUAGUCGAAGAACACCCUGACCACCCAUACUCCUUCUCCCGUGGAGGCAUUCAGAAGUUCACCACGACUUCCAUCCUCUGCGAUCUACGCAACCCGGACACGUUCGAAAUGUACAUCUACAACGACUUUUACGGUUACGGGUUGAUGGAAGUGCUGGGCAACUUGCUUCUCGAUUUCGAGGAAGCCAAGGAUGACUGGAAACAGCAGUGGUAUAUCUGCGAGGUCAUGACGCUGUUCUUCUUUCGUUACGAUCCCGCCGAAUUAUUCAUGGUCGACGACGGUGAAGGCUUGGAAAUCUUGCUUCAUGCCGUUGGAACCAUGUUCCUUACGAUGAUGGCAACCCUCGAGCGCCUUGACCUCCUGAAACCGGACUCCGAGAUCAAGAAUAUUGGAAUGAUCAUGGGCCUAGCUAUUCGCCUGAAGGCAUAUGCUGUAGACCUGGAGAGCUUCGAGGAUCUGCCCAAAUAUCUGAAUGCGUACGCCGCAAAGCACAAGAUUGUCCUUCACGAUGUGCCGAAGGAUAGUGGUUCAGAGGAACCAGUUCCUGCGACCGGUAAGGGCUCGCUGCCCGAGCCUACGGCUAAGAAGAACGACCCGUGGGGUUUCGCACUGGAGCUUAAGAAGCUCAAGAAAGAACAACCAUUGGGGGGAGACAAAUUCGAUAUCACCACCAUGUCUGGACCCGAACGCAAAAGUGCCCAUUUUGACGGCAAAGAUCCGUUGACCAAGCAGGCGAUCAAAGCACUCAAGGAAGGACUCGUCAUGCAGUUGGCUUAA